AGGAGAGUGAGAAUCCGUGAGGCACACAAGCGGUGCGAUCUUCUCAUGAGCUCAUGCGAAGACGGAUGCUGAUGUGCGUGUGCACCGACGGCACUACUACUGUUGCGUGACAUGCGAGUUGACGCAUAAUAGAUACACCCUUCGUCGUGCGCAGCACACGUCUCAUAUUACGCUGUCGCGCACAAGGCGAUGAGCAGAUGAGGUGACUGUGCUCACUACUUUGCACCAUCAUGGAACGAAAGUGUUGCGCUUCGUCUCUGGAGCGGUCCGGUCCGCGAGUUUUUCCGUCUGGACAUUAGUGCUGGCCCCCCGUCCGUGGUUGGGAUUCCCGCGCAGAUCACCUCCCCGAUCCUGGAUCCGGGUUCGUGUCAUGGUAUAUGAGAACAGUUGAGGUUUUUUUUGGAUGCAGUAAUUCCAUUUUUCGUGUUGUCGCGUGAGCGGUUAUUUUUACAACAGGACGAAGUUCAAAAUUCGUUGCUGAAAAUUAACACAAACAGUGGACCACGUUUGGGAAGCGCUCAGCGCUCCCGGCGCCUCGAAGAUCCAACGCACUGGUGUACCCCCGACGCACCAACGGAGUGCUUACCGCCCACCGACGCGACACGCGCGCGGUUUUCCUUGCGGCCGCAGCGGCCUUUUGCAUGACUCCUGAUGUCUGUGAUGCAUGCCCUAGCAUCACACAUUUUGUGAGGGCUUCCUGAUGCCUAUACCGCAUGACAAAUGCUCUUUCCGU